CUUUUGUCCAGUUUACCUGUUGUAAAUUAAAUACUUUAUUCUCAUGUCUAUGUCUAUGUCUACGUCUAUGUUUACCGUCCUCCCCCGUCCUGGGUCAACCCCCUUGGACGAGUCUUUUCCAGCUCUUUCGGCCCCGUCUGAAUCCUGUUUUACCACCACAUUCGGCACUCUGCUUCCCGCAGCGACAUACCUGGAAACCCCUUCUGGCCGCGCAGCGUAUUACUCGCUGCCACCGCGUGCAUCAAACAGUCCGUCUGAGCGAAUCUCGCGCGUCCUCUUCGUGCACGGCGUCCAGACCCCUGCAAUCGGCCUGCAACCGCUGGCGAACGCCGUGUCGUCGCGCUUCCCACACGCUCACUGCGUACUUUUCGAUCUCUGGGGCCACGGACUCACCGAAACGCCAGUCGCAGUGCACAGGGCCGAACUCUUCCAUGAAUUGAUUCUCGCCUUGUUGAAUGACCUCGGGUGGUCCUCUGCGCAUUUUAUCGGGUACUCGUUUGGCGGGUCGACGACUGCGACGUUUGCAGCUGCGCAUCCUGACCGUGUGUCGUCGAUGGUUCUGAUUGCACCAGCGGGGUUACUACGCGCUUCAGACUUUACUGAACAGCAACAGCGGUAUUUGAAAGGUGGUCCAGGAGUCGAAGACGCUGCGCGGGACUGGAUCUUCGAGUUCCUCGAGGGAGGUAGAUUGGUGGUUCCGGAUGCUUGGAGGGAGAGAGUGAAGCGCGGCGAGGUCGUCGCAGAGGCAGUGCGAGAGUGGGAGCUGCGUGAGCAUAAAGGACAUAUACCCAGCGUUGUGGCCAUCUUUAGGGAUGGGGGGGUCCUUGAUCAACACGCUGGAUUUGCUAAGGCGGCAGCAUCGGGUAUUCCCUGUUUGUGUGUGCUGGGAGAAACAGAUGAUAUCUGCACUGUAGACGAUCUGCACCAGGUUGGGAUGCAUAAUAUUGAUGUUAUUUCAGACGUCGGACACGGCGUUGUGAGACAGCGUGUGUCUGAGGUGGCACAUUUGAUUGAGAAGUUUUGGAGAGAUUAGGAGUCUAGAUCUAUUCCAUUUUAUGCUCUGAGAAGUAUCAAUGUCAUUAGUACUAUAGAGCUUUGACU